UCCAUGCCCCAAAUAAAAUCGCCAACAGCGUUGGCCUUCACCAGGCCACAGCCUUCGCUUGUGGCUGCAAUUUCUUCUCCUUGGGCCCUAGAAGCAUCAAACUUCUAUAUAUAAAUCGCACAACCAGCCUCCAUUUCGACUUCUACUUCUCUUCAGUGAGCUGUUCUAAGGGAAAAGCUGGCUGGUUUCAUUUUAUUCUUGUUUUGAUGUUUACCAUGGCACUUAAAGUAAGCAAGGUUUCAAGCAGUGCUUUUGUGACUCAGAGGACAAGUACCUCUAGAAUAAAUAGCACUAUAUUUUCUUAUGCCAAAUCGCUGCCUCAAAGCAAGCUACAUCCUAUAAAUCAAGGAUUUGAGUUGCAGCUAUCGAGCAAUGCCCAUCCCUUGGCAGCAAAAUUCAGUUCUGGUGAGAAUUUGCGGGGAAUACAUGGACAGCCAGUUAGUUUCAUUGUCUCUCGGAGAUCUUCCACCGUAUGCCUGUCAACACGAACUCCUGGAACUGAAGAAAAAGAAUGCCUUAGACCUUAUGGUGAUUUUUCGGAUGUGUCCAGUGUGCAAAUUGGAGAAGAGGAAGAUGAGUGCUCAGCCAUGCCUGCACAAGUUUUUCACUCAAAUCAGGGCUUAGCUCAAGCUUGUAAAUUUGUGCAUAAUGAUGCAAAAUUUGUAAAUGAAAGAGCCCGUAAUGACAUCAUCUUACUUUCACGUGGAAUUAUGAGCUUGGAUGCCCGUGCACGCAAAGAUGUAGCUUUUCUUGGGUCAAAGUUUCUUAAACUUGAUGCUCGGGCAAGAGAGGAUACAGAGAAAAUUGACCGCAACGUGAAGGAAAAAGCUGAGCGUCUUCAUCACAUUGCUACUAUUUUAAAGGACAGAGCUCAAUCUAGAUUAAAGAGUGCUGCUGAUAAGCAUUGGAGUGAUGGAGCCUUAGAGGCUGAUUUGCGCCGUGCUGACUUCCGUGCAAAGCAACGAGCAAUGGAAGAUGCGCUAAUGGCUUUGGAGUUUGUAAAGAAUAUUCACGAUUUGAUGGUGAGCAAGUUGUACAAAUUCCCUCUGCUUGGGGAAAAAGGUUCACCGUCAGCUAAUGACAUCCUUGGAUCUAUAAUGCUUGAGAAAAAUGGAAGGACUUUGGAUUUCUUCCCUGGAGAAGUUUCUACUGAUCGCAUUACUGCUCUUCAGGAAGCUUACUGGAGCAUGGCAUCUGCACUCUCUGAAGCUGAUGGCAUUGACUACACUGAUCCAGAAGAGCUGGAGUUGUUGAUUACAACUCUUAUAGAUCUUGAUGCAAUGGAUGGUAAAAGUAGUGUUUCGUUACUGGCAGAGUGUUCAAGUUCUCCAGAUGUUAAUACAAGAAAAGCAUUGGCAAAUGCAUUAGCAGCAGCCCCAUCAAUGUGGACGCUUGGAAAUGCAGGCAUGGGAGCACUGCAGAGACUGGCAGAAGAUAGAAACCCAGCAAUUGCUGCUGCAGCAUCCAAAGCAAUCUAUGAGCUGAAGAAACAGUGGGAAAUAGAGGAAGGAGAUAGUUGGAGGUUUAUGAUGAAUAAUAACUUUAAGGAAGUAGAUCAACAAGAAGACAACAAUGAUACAGAUGCAGCAUGAGAAGCAUUGACAAUAUUCACACACUUACAAUAUAGGUUUCUAUAUGGAGGUCUUAUAAGUUGCAGGUUAACCAAUUAAUCACCAUUCACCAGAGGUAAUGAGCAAUCGAUGCUAUGGGAAGGGCUCAUAUUUCUAUGAUCCUCUAUUCUCUAUUCAAGUAAUGCCCAAGGACUCAUCAUAUCUGCUUGCCAUUUGCUGAAGCUGAUGUGUUUGUGUAGGGAACAAAGUAUCUUAUCUGGUCCCAAUUAUUUUGAGGCCAUGUAUGCAUAUGGACUUCAGAAUUUCACACCCCAUGAUCUCAAUCAUGUGUAUUAGACUUUAGAGGUUCAUGAAUAAGCUACAUCUCUUGCAAAUUGUAAUUGCAAAUGCCCAGUGCAUUCAAGCAUGUUCAAACAGCCCCCACAUGGCAGUGGAUUGCAAAUUCAUAUGGGAUUAAAACCAGGUCCACCAUUAGACCUUCCAGCAUCUUAUGGGCCUACAUGAUCAACAUCACAUCUUCACAUGCUAACAUCUGGACUUCAGAUUUUGAGCCCUGCAACUUGGUGGGUUCCAUGUAACAUUGAAAGAUCAUGUAGUAAAGUACCAAAAGCCUUCUUCUGAGUGUUCAAAAAAAAAAGUACCAAAAGCCCAAU